GUUUUGGUCCUAAGUCCUUUUUAAAAAAAACAGGUUUGCGAAAAGGACUCUGGACAAGCUGCAUAUUUUAUAAUAAAAGCUGGUGCAACUUUACACCCAGGAGUGGGUGGGCUACUGGUUUCAGCUGUCCAGUUCUUUAUCCAGAGUAAACACAUUCUGCUUAUGGGCCUAUUUCUUUCAAAAUAGCAGAUCCUAUACUGCUGUUGUCAUGUAAGCUGCCUUGAGCUUUCAAAAGGCUGGAUUUACAUGUUUAUGUCCCUUUCACUAGACUGAACAACAACCUUUUUGCAACUUAGAAUAUACCUUCCAGGACUGCAGUGAUUAGAUGCAAUAAAACCACCAAUGAAACUGCUCAACGGAGUGUUGAAAUUAGACUUAGAUAGAGACAGCCCUUAUAAGCAUUACCUUUUCCUUUUUCAGGGAAAGGUGCCGGAAGAUUGGAAUCCACUCUCCCUUUGAAAAUUUGAAUUUUUAAAAAAAGAAAAGAGUCUGCAGGGAAUCACCGUUUUCCCCUUCGUCAUGUUUGGGUCCUCCCGAGGCGGUGUGAGGGGCGGGCAGGACCAGUUCAACUGGGAAGAUGUGAAGACGGACAAGCAGCGGGAAAACUACCUGGGGAACUCCUUGAUGGCACCCGUGGGCCGGUGGCAGAAGGGCAAGGAUCUCACCUGGUAUGCCAAGGGGAAGAAAGGAGAUGCGCCUGUCUCCCGAGAAGAGGAGCUGGCCGCUGUCCGGCGGGCGGAGGAAGAGGCCAUGAUGGCGGCCUUGGGUUACAAGAAUAUGAAGAAACAGCCAACAGGGUUGAGCAAAGAGGACCUUGCUGAAGUCUGCAAACGUGAAGGGACAGAACACGACGAGAAGAGUGUGGACCGGAUGGUGGGCCUGGGGAGUUCGAGGUGCGCCGGGGCCAGGAUGGUAUUCUCCAAAGAAGACAAAGAGGCCGCCAAGCUGGGCCUUUCCGUCUUCACGCACCAUCGGACGGCGGACGGCCCUGAGGUGAUGCCCACCCAGAGGAAACCGGAAGAGGCCGGCGGAGGAGACGCAGCGCAGCCAGAGGUCAGCAAGAAGUCCAAGAAGAAGAAGAAGGAGAAAAAGAAGCACAAGAAGGAGAAGAAGAAGGAGAAAGAGAAAGAGAAGCACCAUAAAAGGAGGGCCACGUCCUCCUCUGCCGCCUCUUCUCCCGACACCAGGGAAAGCAGGAAAAGGCGGCCUGCUUCCCUGCCACAGGGGCAUCCCUCCUCCGCCCGGCCGGCCGGAGCUGGCCUCCGGAGCAGCAAAUCCUCACCCUCCCGGGAAGACCACCGAGCAGCCGGCAGGCAGCACCACAAGCCAGCCUCUUCCGGCAGCCGUGAGGAGGGCUCUCCUUGCGGCCGGCGCUCUCCCAAGCUCAGACGAAGGGAAUGUCACCGCAGCAGCAGCAGCAGCCGGUCCCCGUCUCCCAGAGGCCAAAGCUUGGGGACCCCAAAACGCAGAAGGAGCCCGUCCCCCACGGCACUCAGAGCCAGGAGGAGGCACGACACGGAUUCGGACGACUGACGCUUCCUUCGAAACGGAAGAGGCCGGGGCUUUGGCUGGAAGAACCACCCCUCUGGCCACGGACUGGGUUUCUUUCUCGGCCAGCGCCCAUGUGCGCGGCUCCUUUGGAAUCCAGGUUGCCGCUGCCCCACUGGGCUGCCCUGGUAGCAGAGAUGGAAGGGGCAGAGCACCCACCCUCACCCACAGAGACGUCACCCUGAGGGCCCUGUUGAAGUGUGGAACCGUCGCUGCAUUAACAGCCUGAAGCAGCCUUCCCAGCAGGGUGCCCUGAAUCCUCGGGGCUGUCGUCUCAACCCUCUGGAGGGGUCACUCUGGGAAGGCUGCCGACAUUGAACAAGUUGAACCAAGUGUUUUAACAUACUAGGAGAAACCUUUGAGUUGCUCUUUUCCAGGCAGUGCGAGUGGCUAUGAAUGUCUGGAUCAGCUUCAUAAUAAACACCUUCUAAGAUUUUUUUUAAA